GGAAGCAGCAGAACGUUUGAAACGAUACCAUUUUUUUCAAUCAAAAAACAAUCGCAAAGGAGGAGCCUUUGGAAUUGACUGAGAAACAAAAUCUGACAAGGCGGUGGAGACAGAAGUGGAAAUGAAAUCUGGCGUACGGCUGAGCUUGGAGCUGAUGKCUGAGUGUGUGCGCCAUCAUCUAGCAGGCGGCAACGAGGAAGAGGACUUAGAGGAGGAGAUGGUGUUCCUGGACUUUCACACAGCCUUCAAAGGAAGCUUGUUUGAGGAUUAUCACAUCCUCCCUCUUCAAGUGGCAUGUGUGGACAAAAGUUUUCUGCCCUUCUUUAAAAAGGCGCCACAAUUGUUUGACGCCUUCCUCUCAGACCCUGGGACCAUCAUGUCUCUGAAGACGUCCCUGAAUCCGGGAAAGGAUCUUGCUCCUAUGUUCGCUGAGUACUGCAACUGCAAGGAUGAACAAGAAUCCCAUGCAGCAGAAUACUUUGCCAAGGCCUGUACACCUGAGAAUGUACUCCGUGGUUUUUGUGGUUGUUGUGCCAGUGGUGGUGGCUGCUUUGUCAGUGAUGACGAGUUUCGUGACUGGUAUGACAAGCUGCUUGAAUACAAUCCGAACAUGGAGUCCGACGUGGAACAGAACAGUGGUGACGCGGAUGAUGAUGAUGAUGAUGAUGGUGAUGAUGAUGGUGAUGGUCACGCUGGUGAUUACAGAAGUGCAGUUGCUAGCUGUGGUCCUGACAAGGGCGAAUCCGUCACGAUGGAACUGGCUGAGAGCAAUGUCGAUGACAUCAACAAAAAUGAUGAGGAUGAUGACCAUGGCGAUGAGAGUAAAGGGGAUGGUCUUGGUCAGGCUGAUGACCUCAAGGAGGAGUUAGCAAAUACUAGUGCUCCACACGAUUAUGGCAGAGCCCUUGUGACUGAGGAGGAGGAGGAGGAGGAGGAUGCAAAGGCGGGUGAUUAUCGUGCACAGAACCUGGUUUCGAAUGCAGCUGGGGAUUCUGAAGAAGAGUACGAUUCUGUUGUUAGGAGUCUACUAGAUUCCGAAACUGGAUUCCAAUGCAGCUGGAGAAAUUCUUUGGGUUCAAAAACGUGUUUCCGCCGCUUGGGAAUCGACCCAUGCAUGACAGGGACUGAGAGCGAUGAAGUCAUUCAGAACCAGCUGUUGGGAUUUACCAGAAAACUAAAUUAUGGGAUUCCGAACUGCUUUUUUUAUGAUACUAUAUUGCGGGUAGACAGACUGGAUUUUGACUUGAUUAGGAGUGACGACCGACAUCUCCCACUGCAAAUGUUCUUCUGGCAGGGACAUUACCAAGAUGAUAGUUGGAUAGCAAGCUGGUUCGCAGAUGUCUGGGACCGGGACACAGGGUUGCUCAUCUCACAUGUUAAAAGGGCCCACUGGCAUGAGCGGCAAAUCUCAAAGGUGAAAGUGCUAGCAAAAAACCUUCAACCUGGGGGGUACAAGCCCCACUAUGAUGUCCCUACUGUGCUGAAGGAAACAUCGUUCUUAAACGCACUUCGCGUAUCUGAAGGAGGAGGAGGAGGAGGAGGAGGAGGAGGAGAAAGGGGACAAGGAGGAGAAAGGGGAGACGGGGGAGAAGGAUAAGGAGGAGGAGAAGCAGGAGAAGGACGUGGUACAAGUACUAGGACUUUCAAAGAGCACCGGGAGGUGCUAUUUGACAGUGAGCACUAUAUGUUCGCAUCUCGUACAAAACAGAGCGUGGACUGGGAAGUGAUGAAAUCUCUGCAGAAGCUUCAGAAGUCUUCUGUCAGUUUUGUGUCGUACGAGUACGCCAGCAAGUCCGAGAUUGAGCGCGUGAUUCCCGUU